GAACAAGGUGGUGAUACUGAUGUAUCCUUCUAUGAACAAGGUGGUGAUACUGAUGUAUCCUUCUAUGAACAAGGUGGUGAUACUGAUGUAUCCUUCUAUGAACAAGGUGGUGAUACUGAUGUAUCCUUCUAUGAACAAGGUGGUGAUACUGAUGUAUCUUUCUAUAAACAAGGUGGUGAUACUGAUGUAUCCUUCUAUGAACAAGGGGGUGAUACUGAUGUAUCCUUCUAUGAACAAGGUGGUGAUACUGAUGUAUCUUUCUAUGAACAAGGUGGUGAUACUGAUGUAUCCUUCUAUGAACAAGGUGGUGAUACUGAUGUAUCCUUCUAUGAACAAGGUGGUGAUACUGAUGUAUCCUUCUAUGAACAAGGUGGUGAUACUGAUGUAUCCUUCUAUGAACAAGGUGGUGAUACUGAUGUAUCCUUCUAUGAACAAGGUGGUGAUACUGAUGUAUCCUUCUAUGAACAGGGUGUUGAUACUGAUGUAUCCUUCUAUGAACAAGGUGGUGAUACUGAUGUAUCCUUCUAUGAACAAGGGGGUGAUACUGAUGUCUCCUUCUAUGAACAAGGUGGUGAUACUGAUGUAUCCUUCUAUGAACGGGGUGUUGAUACUGAUGUAUCCUUCUAUGAACAAGGUGGUGAUACUGAUGUAUCCUUCUAUGAACGGGGUGUUGAUACUGAUGUAUCCUUCUAUAAACAAGGUGGUGAUACUGAAGUAUCCUAUAAUAAACAAGGUGGUGAUACUGAUGUAUCUUUCUAA